AUGGCCCUCCUAGACGCUCUCAAUCGGCGCAUCAAGGCACGGGUGGAUGAGGAUGACUCGGAAGUCUUUUCAGAAUCGUCCUCGGAGCAAGCUGACAUAGAGGUUGACUCUGAUCUUGAGGAAUCCGAAUCCGAGUCAGGCAGUGAAGCAGAAAUACAACCAGACGAGGAAUCCUCCGACGCCUCCGCCUCAGAGCCCGAAGACGUCAACACCACCCUAAACCAAAUCUCCUUUGGCGCCCUAGCCAAAGCCCAAACCUCCCUCGGCCACGACACCACCACCCGCAAACGCGCCCACACCACCACCACCUCCCCCCUCGACGACAUCCGCGCCCGCAUCCGCGCCACCCGCGACGAAAAAGCCUCCAAACCUCCAUCCUCGUCCGCCAAAAAGGAAACCCCCCCAACUCGCUCCUCCAAACACGCGCCCACCAUCCAAUCCUCCAAACACGCCGUAUCCCGCCGACGCACCGUCGUCGACGCCGGCGCCACCGCCGGCCCGAAGCCGCGCGACCCCCGCUUCGACAGCGCCGUGCAGCACACGGGCAACCCGCACGCGGCCAAGAACUACGCGUUCCUCGACGAGUACCGCAGCAGCGAGGUGUCUGCGCUGCGGCGACAGAUUGCGCAGAGCACGGAUGCGGCGGAGCAGGCGCGGCUGCGGCGGCAGCUGACAUCGAUGGCGGACCGGAUGCGGGCGUUUGAACGGAAGCGGCAGGCGGAGGAGGUGGUGGCGGGGCAUCGGCGACGGGAGAGGGGGCUGAUACGUGAGGGGAAGAAGAGUGCGCCGUUCUUUUUGAAGAAGGGGGAUGUGAAGCGGAAGGUGUUGAAGAAGAGGUAUGCGGAGAUGGGCGGGAAGGAGAGGACGAAGAGUAUUGAGAGGCGGAGGAAGAAGAUGGCGUCGAGGGAGAGGAGGGAGAUGCCGGCGACGAGGCGGGUGGUGGAGGGUUGA